AUGUCGAAGAACAUAUUAGCAUGGGAUCAACAAAUCAUGUCGCCAAUCACACACUUACAGCUUAAUGGACACAUCUGCAAGCCUCCACCUGCGGGUACUCCCCAAGACAUCUACAAUACUCCAGUCUAUCCGCCUAUUGUACCAAGUCCUGGGUCUACAGAUAUAGAGAUGGAGGAAUAUACCACCUGGAGAGAGAAUGACCAUGCAGUAUGGCAAAUACUCAUGUAUCAAAUUUCGAACAAUAUCCGGACAUCCUUGCUGGGUCCUCUGACUGCUGGGCAUAUCACUAUGGCAAGAGAGCUAUAUGAGACGAUACAUGGAAAUUGGGGAUUGAGUAGCCCAGUCGGUGCUAUGGUGACCAAAGACUUGUUAUAUCUCAUGAAAGCGAUCGAAUUAUCGGAUGUUGACACAUAUGUUUUGAACUACCGCACUCAGGUCUCGGUACUAGCUCAAAGUAUGAUUGUAGAUUGGCCACACGUGCUCCAUCAUUUCGCGAAUGGAUUACUGGAUAUGUACACCUACUCUCAACUCCAUACCAUGAUUCUCACUGCAGCGUCCACCCUGGGUUGCUCAAAAGAUACCUUUGAACACUUGGCACGUUCUGUGAUGGAUGUAACUGUAAAUCAACAACAUCGCUUAGGCCCAGGAGUCCGGAAGCCAGCCCAGGCAACUGCUACUACACAGAAUCAACCUGUCUGUGAUGGAUGUGGUGGUAUAGGGAGAACGAAAGAUCAGUGUCAAAAAUGCAACUCUAGUCUUACUCUGUCACCUUCCGCUGUUACUACAUCUCGUAUGACUAGUACACAGCUGCCACCCCCCCCCCCCCCUAAUAUUACUCAAAAGCCUGUUUGUUCACAAAUUGCUGCUGUAGCUACUCCUGCAAUCAAGGAAAUUAAUGUGUAUGCUGCCUGCCUGAUAUCACCGGAAAAUGGUUCUGACCUUUUGGACUCGUCUCCAGAUGCUCAUCCUCUGUCCACUCUUCUUCAUAAGGAUCCAGGUGUAUUCCAGGUUCUGGCUCAGGAGUUCUCAGUGGUACUCCAUUCUAGUGUUAUCGUUGGUGCAUUCGGUUCAGUUCAGCACCAUUUGUACCAGGUUGGGCUUUGA